AUGGGCAUGUUCAAAAGCACAUUUUCCUCAUUGAACAAGAAAACGAGGAAGCAAUCGAGUGGAAACAAGCACACGGGGCACCAUUCCGAUAGUGCCUUCAAAUCCCUGGAGGAUUACAUAACAGAUGACGCGCCAUUUGACACGAAGAGAGCUGUAGAGGGUGAGUCAAAAGGUGCCUUACAAAAUGGCACCAAUGGGGGUUCCAAAUGCACCGUACUGAAAGGUAAGGGGCUGAAUGAAAAAACAGCUAGUGAGAGAAUAACCAGCGCAAAGUUGCAGAACAGAAAGCACGUAGCCAAGAAGGCGAGAAUAAAAAGGGGAAACUUAAAUCGAAUAAUACGCAAUACCAUCUGUCUAUUGAAGGGGCGAAAUAUAAGGAGAUUAAUAUUUAAAGAAAAACCUGACAUAGACCCGGAAAAUAUGUUAAACAUUAAAUUCGUCCUAAAUAAUAAGCCAACCAAUAGUCCCACCGAGACUGUGGUAAAUCAUACAAAGAGCAUUCAAGGCAGCAAACCUGCAGAAAGUAAAAAACAGGUUGUCACUAAGAAUGCCAAAGUAAUUCCAUUGAACAAAUCUGCCCAAGCUGUAAACGAUAAGCCCGUAAGUGAACAAAUUGAAUUGAAGGAAAAGACUACCGAGUAUAAGUCGCAAAAGAGUGAAUCGUCCUUACCAUGCAGUGAGCCAUUCGAAGAGUGCUACAAGGUGGAACUAAAUAAAUGCCAAGUUCCUCGGUUGCAGGAAUUAUUUGGGCAAAUGAGGAAAGGGAGUGACUCCUCGCAGAUGGAUGACGAGGCUACCCUCGGCAACGACGGUAAAGUCGUCCGCAGGUGCAACCUUUUGGAGGAUAGCACUCAUAGUAGUAGCGGUGGAAGCGAUGGUAACGGCGAAAGCAUGGAAAGCGGUGAAAACUGUAACACCCGUGGUAGGUGUGCCCCGUUAGACGAAGAACUCAAGGAAACCGACCACCUACGACACAAAACCAACAUGUUUAAUAACCUACUAGAAAGUGUGAAGCCUUGUAGAAGCUACAGCAUAGAUGUGAGCCACCCAUUAUACAACUUCUUGUGCAAAAAUGAGGACUCCUUCUUAAGUUCCAACUGGCAUGAUCGCAUCAAUUACGCAUUCCGAAACAUAUGGGCCUUAAAGGAGUAUAUGCAUGAUGACAAAAGUGAGGGUGAAAGAGAAAAGGAGUUUUAUAAUGAGCUAGAAUUAUUUCACAUGUCGAGCAAGAUAGGGGCAUGUGGAUUAAUAUACUCUCUAUUUUUUAACAAAGAAGAAUCGGAGAAUAAGUCAAUAAAUUAUUUUAAAAAAUGUUUUGUCCAAUUGUCCAAGGAGAACUAUCCUCACAUUUACAAAAUAUACAAACCCAAAUUUGAUGACGAUUUAGUUUUCCUAUUUGACAGUCUCGUCUUUACGGUCAUUUUAGGCAGCAAAAAAAAUGACAUCAAUUAUAACAUGGCUAGAAAAAUAUACAGCAAUGAUAUUAAGGGGAAAAACGUGUUAUGUGAUUGUAUAUUUAGUCUGAAAAAUGGUUCUAAGUUUUCCUUGCCUGUCGCUAGCCAAAUUGACUUCAUGGGGAUGCGCGUCAUUUCUGAACCAUUAAUGCCUUUAAGUGAGGCCUACCCCCCUGUAGAUGUGAUUAAGGAUAUAUUUAGAGGGUUAACAUUUAGCAAUUACAUGAGUGAUGGUGGUGUCCACGACUGCGCCAAUGGGAAUGAUUAUCUCCUUAAAGGUAAGCAGACAAUGAAAAAAACGGCCCAAAUUAAACGUAAUAAUUUACCCAAAGAGGACAAAUACCUAAAGAAGGAAAAGGAAAAGGUGUUCUAUGAAAAGUUACUGUUGGAGAUAGAAAACUAUGACCACGAGCUGUACCAGCAGAUAAAGCAAAUGAGCGAUUCUAUGAAUUACCACUGCUGUAUACUCCCCUUUGGAUGCUCUAACUACUACGAAUGUAAAGUAUUUAAGAGGAGGAACAAUGUAAAAAUUUUCAAAUCACUAAUUGACAAUCUGUUCAUUGUAAGGGGGGGAGAAGAGGUACUCCCCCCAUAUGUAGACAACUCAACUGGAGGUAAAUUUACCAAAAGGAUAAGAUACGAAUUCAUAAGAAAUUACUAUGAGCAUUCAUUAUGUAAUACUACCUUAGCCAUUGACAUUAAGAAUUAUAAAUUUAAAAAGUAUAAAAAUAAUAUCGACCUUUUGAAGGACGCUAGUAAGGAAUGCCUCCACAACAUUGACAAUUAUAUUUUACCCAAGGUUUUAAACAUCAUCUCAAAUUUUAGCGACAGUUUUGACAUCACACAGAUUUAUCACUCUCACGGGGUUAACAUGUAUCACCUGGGAUACGUACUAAGCACUGAUAGGGACACUGCACCUCCCGAGUUCCUGUCCAGGCUUAUCUGCAGAGAAAUUAUUUGCCGUACGCUUAAGUCCAUAUAUUAUGAGCACAUACAUUCGUUCCUUUUAGCAGUACUUGGGAGAAGCAGAAAAGUUACCAGCGGAAAAUGUAAAAGGGGCAAUCACCGCUCUUCUGAUAAUGUUUAUCCUGUGUCCCCUUUCAUUAAUGAGCAGAAUGUCUACCAUUAUGACUGUGCCAAUGGUAGCAGUAGGCACAGGAUAAAUGAUCAGUGUAGGGAAGGGACAACCCAAGGAUGCAACAAAUUUAUCUGCUUCUGCGAAAAAUGUUUCACGGAGUGGGAUUAUUUUCCUGAGCUUGUGCCACAUAAACUUUUAAUUCGGUUGGUAAACUUAACCCUAAAUAUUAGGACAUUAGAUUCACUGCAGUUCUGGCACCAGGUGUUAAUUCCAGAGUGCAUGAAGAAAUUUAAAAUCAACUUAAACGAUCAUAUUAACAUUAAGGAGACCGAGGUAUACGGACUCCUCGUCUGCAUCGAGUAUCACUUGGGCGUCUACUUUAACAAGGGAUGCAAGCGAAGUUAUAAAGUCAGGCUGCCUCUAACCUUGGACGAUAUGUCUGCCUUUGGCGCAAAGAAGGACAGCGUUCUAUUUCCGAACGUUGCCCACCUGAGGGAAGUCUGCAACUGGGGAGGAGCAUCGGAGAUCGGAGAAGCGAUUGGAGAAGCAAGCGAAGCGGCUAGUGCAAUGUCCAGCGAUCACUAUCAUGAGGCACCAAACGCUGCACAUCCAUAUGGGUAUAUGCGCGAAACAGCCGAAAGUGACACCCGUGCGAGGAGGAGACACGCUUACAAGUCCCCCUACAGGAGUGCAACCGCAGUUGCACAAAAGAGAGCACACAGGAGUUACAAGACUUCAGGGUGUAGUGUAAGUGAAGACUCGAAAAGCAGACCUAUGUGGGAGAAAAGAGAAGUCACAAGCAAUUAUGAUGAUGAUAGUUAUGUCCUCUCCAAUGGUAGCAUCCAAGAUAGACACCAAAACGUGUACUCCCUAGUUGACAAAAUACGCAAAAAAAACUGGUUAUCCUUGCGCAGAAGUAAACAUGCUGGAGAAAAACAUGAGAGGGAGCUUACACCUAGCACUAGCGUGGAUGAUAAUCGCAUAAGGGAGGAUCUCUCGAGCAGACAGCACCAGUGUAGUAAUUUCCAAAGGAGUAACAUCGCUCUGUUUUAUCCCAAGACAAAGGGAUGCUUUCCAAAGUAUUCCACAUGGAGUUUCAAAACGGUGGAAAAGCUAAUAUCAUCAAGCAUUAUGGUGCAGGAAAAAUUUAAAGUAAAAAAUAUGCUAAAGGAAAACAUUGUCAACAUAAUACACCCAAAACAUAGCGACCUUUUACUGAUGAGCAAUAUAUGCACUCUCGGCUCAUUAAACAAAAUCAAAAGUUUUGUACAUGAGUAUAAUAUUCCUUGCCACCCGUACUGCAUACUGAAUGAAAAAAUGAAAUGUAUGAAUUAUGUUAGGGCCAAGAAAUGCAUUUAUCUCCUUCUAAAUGUUAGUCUAAAUAAAAACAUUUUCGAGUUAUCCAAACAGUUUUUAUUUCUGGCCUAUCUGCAUUUGGAGCAUGGCUAUGUGAAAAAGUGCUUAGACGUUUGCUACUACAUUUAUGAGGUUAUUCCAAACAUAGGAACUAUAAAGAGGGACAUACUCAUUCUAAUCCUUCAGUGCAAAGUGAAGGAGGGGACUAUAGAUGAUGCGCUGAUAAUUUACAAGCUCAUCAUCCUUUUUAACAAAUUUUUUGAGGGCCAUGGUAACAGCGUCCUCACGCUUAUUUGCAACGUGCUAAUGGCUAGCUAUUACUAUGAUAGGGCAAAUGGGUUCAGUGGAAAAAGUACCAGUGGUAGGGGCAUCUGUGACAAAGGAUGGGAGGAUUACCUCGAUAUCAUGCCCAGUACAGAGUGCAGAAAUUACAACCCUGGUGAAGCUACCACAAAUAAAGAAUCCGCAGACAAUAUGUUGUUGUUAGACCAAGUGGACCAUUUCGAGUUAAAGAAAAAGUAUUUACUAAAAGCUCUGCACUACUCGGAAGAAUGCUAUAGAGUCAUUUCGACAACACUAUGUGAUAUCUCGACGCACUAUGUGUGCAUAUUUGCACUGAUGCUACAAGGGAAUAUUUUAAUGGGACUACAAAAAUUUCAGAGCGCGAUAAAGUACUACACGAUGUCGCUACAAAAUUGUGAACGAGCAAAACUGCCCAACUUUGUGACAUUACAAAAUAAAUGCCUACUAGCGGACUCUUUGAAAAAUAACGGCAAUUAUGAUAAAGCCAUCGAAAUAGCAGAAGAGUGCCUAAAGGCAUUAAGCAGCAGCACUCAGUCUUCACGCAGUCUAACGCUGUAUGUAAUUUUUCGGCUAGCUGAGAUGAAGCAGUACAUAGGAUGUAAAGAUUUAAUUUGUCCAAAUAUCUUCCUAGACAAUAUUCCAAAUGCUCACAUUAAAAAAAAAAUUACUACUUCAGAUUUUCUGAUUUUUGAAAAAAACUACUUAAAUGAAAAGAACAAAAAGUAUAGAAAGGAAGCAAUUGACUUGUACAUAAAAUUAUACGACAAGUUAAGAACCCAGAAGAACUACAACCUUGUUUUUGCUAAAGACAUUUUCGGGUGCUACUACACCAAGGGUGAUUUGUUAUCCUACCAGGAUGUGAAAACAGAUAUGCAUGAAGAUGAUAUGGAGAAAAUAUUACUAGUCAUACGAGAGAUUCUGAAAAUAAAAGUAAUUUCUUUAAGCAUGAAGAAGCAGUUCAUGUUGGCCUCUAAACUGUUGGGUAUUGUGUUAACCAAGAAUUCUUCCCCUUUUGUAAGAGAAUUGACGUUGCAAAAAAGGGGGGCAAAAAAGAAAGGGUACGAAAAUAACCUCCCAUAUGAUAAGUUUUAUCCUGAUGAGUGCACCUCCACCGGGGUACAGCCCAGCGUGACAAAAAGGGAAGAUCAUUUGGGUAGAAUGUCGUAUAACCCUAACAAUGACCAAGUGUAUAUAACCGACGUGCUUAGUGAUGUUCACUCAAAUGGACAGCAAAAAUAUACCAGAAAAACUUUACAUUUCCAACUCGAUGAUUUUCAUCAAAGUAGGCAAAGCAAUUUUUUCCACAGAAGUUGUUACACACGAGAAUAUGACUACAUAUCUAUAGAGAAGCUCCUUCUCGAUGACACUUAUUUUGUUAUAGAAGAGAUAUGCAAAUGCUGCUAUUCCAAAUGUGAGACUUAUAAUAAUAUGCAGAAGGUUGGGGUAGAAACCAAUUCGACUUACUUGCUAAACCCUAGCAUAUGGUUUGAUUUACUUUUCUAUUCCGUCAUGAAAGGCACUUGUAGUCAUACCGAACUGCUCAUCCUCAUCGAUUUGGUUAAGUUUUUCCUAACACCUUUGCAAAAGCAGCUAAUUUUAUUUCGUGUCAAAUCGAUAAGCAACAUUAAAGGAAAUGAGCAGUACUCCGAGUAUAUACAGCACUUGCUAAAUAAUGAAGGGAAGGAAAUUUUGCGCAUUAUGGAUAUGCUGGAUAGGGAAAAAAAUUCAGGCUAUUUGUGUGUAGGUGCAUACCCCGAACUUUCCAAUUUGCACAAAAAGGAUGUGGUAAAAAACGUCGAUUAUUUGUCUAACAUAAUUGUGACCAAUCCCUGGCUUAUGUCGUCUUCGAAUACAUUUCACAGUGCCAGGUGA